GUAUAUUAAGGGAAGGCCUCUAUGAAAUAUAUAGAGUCAGAACAAGAUAUGUCCAUUUGGUUAUGUUCUCCACAGUAUGCUCUAAAACGCCAGAUGGAGCCCUACGUCCCGAAAAUUUCAAUUCUCAGAUUGACAUGCAAAAUUUAAUAUUUAAAUAUUCCAUUCCUCGUAUCUGGGAUUUUCCCGAAGGAAGUAAAAGAAUGACGAGAGAAAUUAUAUCGCGGGGAGUUUUUCACCGAAUCGGCGAAAAAUUCUAGCAAAUAAAUGUCUUUUUUCUUCUCGUGAAGUUCGCAAGAAAUAGGAAGUCUUCGUCCUUCUACGCGUAUGGAUUGAUCGGUUAGAGUAUACGAUGCUUUCAUUGAGCGUAUACGCCCUCGACCCGCAUUCAAUUCCCUCUCCAUCUGACCAAAAAAAAAUUCCCUCUCCGACGUCGUUUCAUCGAACCUCGUAUGUACAUGCGCCCUCGACCGCCGUGGAGGGUUCUGCGCCAUUCAUCUUCUUCAUCUUCUCCGUCGUGGGCGGUUGUUGCUGUUGUCUGAUCUUUCGAAGGUGAAGGCUCUUCGCGGCGGCCGUGGACGACAUGGAGUGCAGGCGCCUGUAUGUGACGAUGACCUCGGCCAGUGGCCUCAUGACAGUCAGACGCUACCUCACGAUGCACCCCUACGUCGUCGCCUCCCUCUCCGGCGACGAGGGCCACAACAAUGAGCAGCGCACCCCCGCCCACAGGGACGGCGGCACGAGCCCCCGCUGGGACCACGCCUUCCCCCCCUUCACCGUCGACGUGGCCGCGGCCCGCGCCGGCCUCCUCACCCUCAAGCUCGAGAUCAAGACCGAGCGGACCCUCAAAAGCGACAAGGACGUCGGCUGGGUCGACGUGCCCGUCGAGGAGCUGCUCGAGCAAGGCGGCGACGGGGAGUCCAGGGCGAUGAGCUACGCCGUGAGGCUGAAGUCUGGGGGGACCAGGGGCGUCCUGGAGUUCUCGUACAGGUUCGGCGAGUCGUUCACCGUGCGCGAGGGGGCGCCGUACCAACCGCCGGCAAACCAGCAGCCGCCGGGGGCAGGCCGGGCUGGCGGGGGUUUGCUCAGCGGGAUGGUGAUGGGUAACGCGAUAUCGGACUUCUUCGGUGAUGGUUUGGAUAUGUAAACAGAGUUUCUUUCUUGGUCUUUGCUGUGUUCCUACCUCCUGCCUUUUCCCCUUUAUUCUGUGGAUAUCUUUUGUAAUGGUGUCACGGCCUCACUAAUGGUGAUGGUUGGGGUAUGUAAACAGAGUUUUCGUUUGAAUCGUGAGAUUUUUCGUUUGAAUUGAGAUCGUGCCGCGGCUUCGCCAGUUGGUGCGGGAUGUCGUUGUUGUUUGUGA